ACUACUACGCCAGUAUCGCUAUGGUAGCGGCGUCCGGGUGGGCCGGGCCUCGAAGCUCCUGCCGGCGGUGGGCCGCGUUUAUGGAGGACUUCACCUCCAGUCCGGCAUGAGCGGGGCCUCCCGCUUCAUUACGCGCCGCUACCGCAGUUUCCCGACUCUAGGCCUCCUUCGAGAACAUGCCCCAGGCCGCAUACUGCUACAUGCGGGUCGUGGGCAGGGGUAGUUACGGGGAGGUGACGCUCGUGAAGCAUCGGCGGGACGGCAAGCAGUAUGUCAUCAAAAAGCUGAACCUCCGAAAUGCCUCCAGCCGAGAGCGUCGGGCUGCUGAGCAGGAGGCCCAGCUCCUGUCCCAGUUGAAGCACCCCAACAUUGUCACCUACAAAGAGUCGUGGGAGGGAGGAGACGGUUUACUCUACAUCGUCAUGGGCUUUUGCGAAGGAGGCGACCUGUACCGGAAGCUCAAGGAGCAAAAGGGGCAGCUUCUGCCCGAGAGUCAGGUGGUGGAGUGGUUCGUCCAGAUUGCCAUGGCCUUGCAGUAUUUACAUGAGAAACACAUCCUUCAUCGAGAUCUGAAAACUCAGAAUGUCUUCUUGACAAGAACAAAUAUCAUCAAAGUGGGUGACCUAGGGAUUGCCCGAGUCUUAGAGAAUCACGGUGACAUGGCGAGCACCCUCAUUGGCACGCCCUAUUACAUGAGUCCUGAGCUGUUCUCCAACAAGCCCUACAACUAUAAGUCGGAUGUUUGGGCUUUGGGAUGCUGUGUGUAUGAAAUGGCCACCCUGAAGCACGCUUUUAAUGCAAAAGACAUGAAUUCUUUAGUUUAUCGGAUUAUUGAAGGAAAGUUGCCACCAAUGCCAAAAGUUUACAGCGCAGAGCUGGCAGAGUUGAUAAGAACAAUGUUGAGCAGAAGGCCUGAGGAGAGACCCUCUGUGCGGAGCGUCCUGAGGCAGCCCUACAUAAAACACCACAUCUCCUUGUUCUUGGAGGCCACUAAGGCAAGAACUUCCAAAAAUAAUGUUAGAAACUGUGACUCCAGAGCCAAGCCUGUUGCUGCUGUAGUUUCCAGAAAGGAAGAAUUCAAUCCUGAAGGGAUGCACUGCCCGCCGCGCUCUUCUGAGGAUUCUGCCGUCCACAUCAUGGUUGAAGAUAAAUGUUUGUCCCAAGAGAAACCAGUGGACAUUGGUCCCUUGAGAUCACCGGCUAGUCUCGAAGGCCACACUGGCAAACUGGACGUGAACAAUACUGUGGAUUCAUGUGCCACAAUCAGUAGGAUAAAUAUCGAUAUCUUACCUGCAGAAAGGAGGGACUCAGCGGACUAUGGCAUAGUUCAGGAGAGCCAACCACGACACGUGGAUGCCGCUAAUGAAGCAGACAGUCAAUGUAGUAUUUCUCAAGAGAAGGCAAGCCUACAGGGAAAUACCAAGUCCAGUGAUCAGCCUGAAAAUCUCCCUCCCAGACGGUCCUAUGAUGGUGGUGAUGGGGAAGGGAGUGAACUGGUGAAGCCGUUGUAUCCCUCAAACAAAGGCCAAACACCAGACCAGGAUCAAGUUACUGGUAUUAGAGAAAAUCAGGACAGCAUCCACCCAAGAUUCCAGCCACACAGCUCUAUGUCUGAACCUUCUUUGUCCCGGCAGCGAAGGCAGAAUAAAAGGGAACAGACAGACCAUAGUCGGACAAAGAGCCAGUUCCAAGAACUACCCCGUCGGCUUUUGCCUUCUCACCCUGGUAUUGGGAAAGUGGAUAUCAUACCAACACAGCAAAAUGAUGGAGACCAAGGUGGGCCAGUGGCUAGGUCUGUAAACAGUUCAAGAAUCAGUUCAACAGCAUCAUCAAAGGAUCGACCGUUAUCAGCCAGAGAGAGGAGACGACUAAAGCAGUCACAGGAAGAGAUGCCUCCCUCAGGCCCUACAGUUCAGAGACCUCCAAGUGCAGUGGAGCCAGUGAAACCACAGGAAGGAGACCAACCCAUCUCUGUCCAACGAUUCUCUCCUGAAUGCAGCAUCACUCAGGUGAAUCACACACUCCUGAGGGAGAAGGAGAAGAGGCUGGCGCAUGGGCUGUCUGAGGAUGAGUUAAGCUCUUCUACAAGCUCAACGGACAAAUCCGAUGGGGACUCCAGGGAGGGGAAAAGUCAUACAAAUGAAAUGAAAGACUUGGUGCAGCUGAUGACUCAAACUCUGAGGCUGGAACCUAAAGAGAGCUGUGAAGAUCUCCGGGUCCUAAACCCAGGAUCAGAAUUCAGACUUCAUCGCAAGUAUCGCGACACGCUGGUGCUUCACGGCAAGGUUGCAGAAGAGGUGGAGCCUCACUGUAUGGAGCUGCCUACAGGUAUCAUACCAGGUUCUGAAAAGAUCAGGAGAAUAGUUGAAGUCUUAAGAGCUGACCUUAUCCAGGGUUUGGGGGCUCAGCUUUUAGAGCAGGUGUAUGAUCUUUUGGAAGAGGAAGAUGAGUUGGAGAGAGAGGCACGAUUACAGGAGCACAUGGGAGACAAGUAUACAACUUAUAGUGUGAAAGCUCGCCAGUUGAAAUUUUUUGAAGAAAAUGUGAGUUUUUGAGAUUUGUUCUAACAUGCUGCCAGAACUAAAGAUCUAUUUCAAAGGUUUUUCAUCUUAAAAAAACAGAAACAAAAAACAAAAAGCCCUGUUUCAGUCAUUCAGAGACUGAUCACCAUCCUUUGUUUGAUAUCUCCUUGGAGUCUUUUUACUAUAAAGAACUGAAAGAGCAGACUAAUAUGAAACAAGUUCACAAAAGAAAAAAUUUGAAUAUCAUAUGUUUAUGAGGAAAAAUGUUAUAUGUUUGUUACUGUUUACUGAGCCUUAAGACAACUUUAUAUUUAGUUUAUUUUUUUAAAGAUAUUAACUAAGAUAUUAGCUUGAAAUGGGGCCAGAAAACAUUGGAUUAAAUUAUACUACAGUGAUAGAAGCAACAAGAGAAACAAACGAUGUCUUGUGCUGGUGCUUGCUACCAUUGAUAACCUUAGUGAGUAGUUGGUGUUUAUUUUGUAAUAUCAAUUCACUAUUCUGGGAAUAGAAUUAAAGAACAUGAGAUUCAAUGUUGCAUUUGAACAACUGGUUUUUUUUACACAUCAAUGGACUUUUAAUAUUUUGAUUUAAUCUGAACCUUAGUGGUUGUUGUCUUUAGAUUCGUAGAACUCUUGUUCAAUCUAAAGUAUAGCUUUGUAAGUCAUUAUGACUUGACAUGUUUGAUUUCUUUUUCCCAUCAGCAAAAACAUUCUCUUAAACAUGAAUUCCUCUUUCAAUUAAGCAAUGUCUAAGUCUAGGUCUUUAGUUCUAUUGGAUGCAAGUUUGUCUUUAUGUACAAUAAAGUGUCGACUGAGCUCCCACUUUUU